AUGGGCCAGCAGGUCACCAAUGCUAAAGGGGAGCAAACAGAGAUGGAUGUGGCUGAACUGCAGGAAUGGUAUAAGAAGUUUGUGAUGGAAUGUCCCAGUGGGACCCUCUACAUGCACGAGUUCAAGCAGUUCUUUGGGGUCCAGGAUGACCGUGAAGCUUCCGAGUACGUUGAGAACAUGUUCAGAGCUUUUGACAAGAACGGGGACAACACCAUCGACUUCCUGGAAUAUGUAGCUGCCUUGAAUCUUGUUUUACGGGGCAAACUGGAGCACAAGCUGAGAUGGACAUUCAAAAUAUAUGACAAGGAUGGGAAUGGCUGCAUAGAUAAACCUGAGCUGCAGGAAAUUGUUGAGGCUAUCUACAGGCUGAAGAAGGUGUGUAAGUCGGAGGAGGAGGAGGAGGAUGGGACUCCUCUGCUGACUCCAGAGGAGGUUGUGGACAGGAUAUUUCAGUUAGUGGAUGCGAAUGGGGAUGGUCAGUUGUCUCUUGACGAGUUCAUUAAUGGGGCCAAGAAGGACAAGUGGGUGAUGAAGAUGUUGCAAAUGGAUGGAAGCCCCGGGGGAUGGAUCUCUGAGAGGAGGAGAAAGAGUGCUUUGUUCUGA